AUGCCCCCUCCAACCCAAAUUCCAAUCCCCCUCUUCGCAUCAACCCAACUCACCCUCCUCGCCGAAGAACACGCCGCCGAAGUCUCCUCCUCAAAACUCGCCAGCACAGCCGCAUCAGUCUCACCUUUAACUCGUCGGACGCUCCAAGCAACCGGCUACGCCUUAACAGGCCUCAUCCUCUCACAAUGUCGAACUGGCCUCGGUGGACGCGUCGUCGGCGAGUUCGCGCCCGACCCGGCGGUCGCAUCAGACGAGAACCGGGCAGCCGAUGGGACGCCUCGUCUCGGGGCUCAUGGGAUUCGCGUCGGAGAUGUUGUAAGGGUCAGCGAUGUUGCAGGGACGGGGAAGAAGGCUGGCGGGAAAGAUAAGGAGAAAGAGAAAGAUGCAGAGAAGGGCGGUCCUGAGGGCGUUGUUACGCGGACUGGUGAUCGCGCUGUGUGGAUUGCUUUUGGGCGACCGGGUGGUGGGGGCAUGUCCAAGGAGGAUGAUGAGGCUGUUGAGGAGCUUUGGGGGAAGAAAUUGUGGGCUAUUAAGCUUGCUAACGAUGUUACGUACAGAAGGAUGAGGCAGACUAUGGAGAAAAUGGACAAGAUGACGGAGACUGAUUACACGCACUUCAUGCGUGUCGCAUUUGGACAUACGACACCGUUAGAACCGGAUACCGAGGCGUGUGGACCCGUGGAGUUUAUUGAUCCCACCCUCAAUGAUUCGCAAAAGGAUGCAAUUCGGUUCGCGCUGGGUUCGCGGGAUAUUGCUUUGAUUCAUGGUCCGCCGGGCACGGGAAAGACACAUACACUCAUUGAAUUGAUUUUGCAAUUAGUUCAGCGGAAAAAGCGCAUUCUCGUCUGUGGACCGUCGAACGUCUCUGUUGAUAAUAUUGUGGAACGGCUGGCUCCGAAGAAGGUUCCGGUUGUGCGUAUCGGACAUCCGGCUCGUCUGCUUCCUUCUGUCCUUGAACAUUCUCUUGAAGUCCUUACGCAGACCUCCGAUGCUGGGGCUAUUGUGAAGGAUAUCCGCAAGGAGAUUGAUGAAAAACAGGCUAGUAUUCGGAAGACUCGGUCUGGGCGUGAACGACGGGGUAUCUACGAUGACUUGAAGCUGCUCCGGAAGGAAUUCCGACAGCGCGAGUCUAAAUGUGUGGAUAAUCUGGUGCGUGAAAGUAGCGUGGUGUUGGCUACUCUUCACGGGGCGGGAGGCCACCAACUCAAGAACCAGAAGUUUGAUGUUGUGAUUAUUGACGAGGCGAGUCAAGCUCUCGAAGCACAAUGUUGGAUUUCUCUUCUAGGUGCAGAGAAGGUGGUACUUGCCGGUGACCAUCUACAACUACCCCCGACCGUCAAGUCUACUGGGCAGAAGUCUAAGGACAAUACUUCCAAGGGCGAGAAAAAGACCGACACCAACGCCGACAUCGAGACAUUGAAUGGUGUCUCUCUUGAACGCACAUUAUUCGAUCGUUUAUUAGCCCUGCAUGGAGCAGGGAUCAAGCGCAUGUUAACCACUCAAUAUCGUAUGCACGAAAAGAUCAUGCGAUUCCCGUCUGGCGAACUAUACGAGGGAAAGUUGAUAGCCAGCGACGCAGUCAAAGCCCGUCUAUUAGUUGACCUACCAUACGAAGUAGGGGGCACGGAUGACACGCAGGAACCCCUGGUAUUCUGGGAUACGCAAGGUGGCGAUUUCCCCGAAAAGGCGGAGGAUGAGAUCAGCAAAAAGGGAGCCUUGCUCGGAGACAGCAAAAGCAACGAAAUGGAAGCCAUGGUUGUUGCCAGACACGUGGAUAACCUGAUCGAUGCGGGUGUUCGGCCCGAGAGCAUUGCUGUGAUCACCCCAUACAACGGGCAACUGGCCCUACUGUCGCGGAUGCUACGGGAGAAAUAUCCCGGCCUUGAACUUGGCAGUGUAGACGGAUUCCAGGGCCGUGAGAAAGAAGCUGUUGUGGUGAGUCUGGUGCGCAGUAAUGCGGAGCACGAAGUGGGUUUCCUGGGUGAAAAGCGACGAUUGAAUGUCGCCAUGACACGCCCGAAGCGCCAUUUGUGUAUAUGCGGAGACUCGGAGACGAUCAGUCAUGGGAGUAGCUUCCUUAAGCACUGGAUGGAAUUCCUUGAAGAAAAUGCCGACCUACGAUACCCCGAUGCUGGAGAUUUAUUAUAG